AUGGAGUUUGUUAGGCUCGUAGCAGAGGCAACUCAGCAUAGGCAUUUGGAAGCCCUGCAUCAGUUGGGGGAGAAUCGUUCUACAGCUGGAUCUUCCCAAGCUCCACCAUUACGAGUACAAGAAUGGUGUUUGGAGGAUUUUCUUCAACAUCAUCCAUCCCGCUUCGAUGGCAAGACCACCCCGGAUGAGGCAGAUCAGUGGAUGAGGGAUAUGGAGCGAAUUUAUGAUGCCAAGAGGUGCCCAAUAGAGAAUAGACUGGUGUAUUCUGAGUAUCUGCUAGCCGGAGAGGUUGUCCACUUGUGGUCUAGUAUGAAGAUGAUGCUAGAAGACAACCGAGAGCCCGUCACAUGGGAGUUGUUCAAAAAGAAGUUUUCUGCUGAGUACUUUCCAAACAAUGUGAGGUACGCCAAAGAGGUGAAGUUCUUGCAGCUGAUGCAAGGAGAGAUGUCAGUAUCAGAGUAUGCUGAGAAGUUCAAGCACCUGGGCAGAUUCCAUACCUUGAGGAUGGCUGAGGAUUGGCAGUGUAGAAAGUUUGAGAAUGGGUUGAGAGGCGAUCUUAAACUCAUGGUGGCUCCGCUUUCUAUAAAGGAGUUCCCUGCUUUGCGGUCUCAGCAGAAGGUGGAAGGACCAUCUGGGUCCACGAGUCGACAGGAUGAUAGGAGGAAACGCUACUCUAGACCUCCGCCUCAGGGGUCCAGGAGAUUCACACCACAGUCACAUCAGCCUCAGUCUCAUCAGCAUCAGUCUCCUCAGCAUCACUCUCACAUGGCUCGGUGUUUUCAUUGUGGAGGGCCCCACAUGAGGAGUGCUUGCCCUCUGCUUGGUGGCAGACAAACAUGUCACAGAUGUGGUCAGGAAGGCCACUUCCUCAGAGAUUGCCCCACUGGCAAGAGUGUAGUGCCGAGGAUUCCAACGCAGCCGCAACCACAGCAGGCACGGGAGAGUGCUAGGCCCCAGGCAGAUGGCCGAAUGUAUGCCAUGAUGGGUGCAGAGGCAGACAGAUCAGGUAACCUCAUCAUUGGAUCUUGUGUGAUUGCCGGUAGGAGCUUGCGUGUGUUAUACGAUUCGGGAGCGACACACUCUUUUGUGCGGAGUCUAUAG